AGGCUGUUGAGUGAACUCGGAGUGCCUCAGAAUGGCAGCGCCGGCCCUUUUUUCACUCAGUUGACACUCAGUCUGUUUCCUGUACGGCCGCCAAACGCUCUGCAGCAUCAUCAACAUGGCAAUAAGCAGAAAAGACAGCUUCCUCUGGGGGAAAGCUCCACUGAAACUCCCCACAGGUGAGAGGAGGGUGAGUGAAACCAUCAGGAUGCACAAGUUUGAGCUGGAGGAUGACAUUCAGAAGCUGAGGCUGGAAAUCAACCACGUCCACCACGUCAUGCCAGGAAUACACAGCCCUGAAAUGAAGGAACAGAGUAAAAGCGUCGUGAGGAACAGGAAGUUCUUACGAGGGAAAAAGAAAUUCAACAUGGACCCCAAAAAGGGUGUUCAUUACCUGGUUGAAAAUAAUCUGCUGGAGUGGCGAGCACAGGCGGUGGCUGAGUUUCUUUACAAAGAAGAGGGACUGAACAAGACCGCCAUCGGCAACUUCCUGGGAGAAAGGGAGGAAAUGCACCUUGCCGUACUGAAAGCCUUUGUGGGCCUGCAUGAGUUCUCAGACCUGAAUCUGGUGCAGGCACUGAGGCAGUUUCUGUGGAGCUUUCGUCUCCCGGGAGAGGCUCAGAAGAUUGACAGGAUGAUGGAGGCAUUUGCGAGUCGCUACUGUGGCUGUAACCCCGGGGUCUUCCAUUCUACAGACACAUGCUACAUCCUGUCUUUUGCCAUCAUCAUGCUCAACACGAGUCUCCACAACCCCAACGUGAAAGACAAACCCAGUCUGCAGCGAUUUGUGUCCAUGAACAGGGAAAUCAACAACGGGGAAGACCUGCCCAUCGAGCUGCUCACGAAACUAUACGCGAGCAUCCGCAGCGAGCCGUUCAAAAUCCCAGAGGACGAUGGGAACGACCUCACUCUGACGUUUUUUAAUCCGGACAGGGAAGGCUGGCUCCUUAAAAUGGGUGGCCGAGUUAAAACCUGGAAGAGGAGGUGGUUCAUCUUGACAGACAGCUGCCUGUACUACUUUGAAUACACCACAGAUAAAGACCCAAUCGGGAUCAUUCCUCUGGAGAACCUGUGUGUCAGGACACUACAAGACACGAGCAAAUCGUAUUGUCUGGAGUUAUAUAAUCCCAAAGGGCAAAAGAUCAAAGCCUGCAAGACGGAGAACAAAGGCCGAGUGGUGCAAGGUAAACACCAGUCCUAUAAGCUGAGCGCAGCCAGCGCAGAAGAACGGGACAACUGGAUCGAUGCGAUCAGGGCGAGUAUCUCAAAGGACCCUUUUUAUGAUCUGGUGUCUCUACGAAAGAGGAAGGUCAUGAGCAACACUUCCUCUUGAAGCACAUCAAUGAAAACGUCAUCUCAUUUCGGGUCCUGGAUGUCUUUUUAUCAACGUAUCAUGACUUAAUGACAGAAACUGUUCAGCAUUUCACAAAAACGUUCAAACACAUGAAAAAGUGUUAAAGUCUGAGAAACGUGGGCUAUUUCUGGCUCUGCAGUGUGAGGACUUCACAGUGCUUCUGCAAACUGUACGCACUACUGCUCCGACUUCAGAGGCCGACUCACAAACAGUUGCUGCAGAGGUGACGCCUGGUGCACGCCACCAGAGUGCAGAGGACUCAUAUCAUGGAUGGAUUAUUGGAUAGAAAGAGACACAAACUGAUUUCAAACAGACACAAAAAUGACCACAAAGACGCCUACAGCUACAUACAGAUGCAAAAUGGCUAAAAAAAAGAAAGAAAGACAGACACAAAACGAUGCAGAAAGACCAGAAAGAGAUGUAAGAAUAACCACAAAGACAAAAGAAUGACCAACAAAGCCGGCAAACAACUAAAUGAAGAUACAAAAUGAGACACAAAACAACCACAAAGAGACACAAAAAGAGAUAAAAGGGUGAUAAAAGACAAAGUUACCACAAAAAUCACCAUAAAGACACCAAACAUCUAGACAGAGAUGCAAAAUGGCUGAAAAGAGAGAAAGCAAAAAGACUAGAAAGACACACACAGACCACAAAACAACUAUAAAGAGACACAAAAUGACUGAAAAAGAGAUGCAAAACAAUGCAAAGAGACCACAGAGUGACAUAAAAAUGACCAAAGACAUCUAGAUGGAGAUGCAAAAUGACUGAUAAGUGGUACAAACAACCACAAAGACGCCUACGGCUGAACAGAAACACAAAAUGACCACAAAGAGAUGCCGUGCUGUUUGUAGUCUGGUCGUCUUACGGUCAUGUUGGCGGUUUUGGGACCUUUUACAUGUCUGUGUUCAGAGGUCAUUGUCUCAUAAUCUGUCGGCAAUUUGGAGUUACAGAAAACAUCUAUGAUGUUUGACAUUUCAUAUCAGAUUAUAGCUGUUUAUUUCAGUCAUUACACUGAAUAACCAACGUAAAGUACAGUCUGUCAGAGUUCAAGAGUAAAAAGUAAAAUGUUGCUGUUCAGAUCAGUCAGAGAAGACGAUGUAGCACUUUGUUAAACCUUUUAUAGAAAAUAUAAAAACAUAUUUAUGUAAAUCUUAAAAAACGAGGGAUCGCCUCUCUAACUGCACUUAUUCAUCAAAUCAUGUAAAUUCAGUCCAGUAUUUUGUUGAUGUUGUAAAGAAAGCUAAAAAAAAUCCUGUCAACUUUGAAAAUUAACUUAUGAAUCCAUUGACAUUGUACAGUAUGUUUUAUUGAAUAUAGUUUAUGUGUAAUUUAAUGACUUUAUACUGAUGGAAGAAUCUAACUACUUGUACAAUAAACCUCUUCUCUUA